GACGAGUGCAGAAUCCCUCAAGGCAGGGAGAAGGAGUUGCCUUUCCUGGCUAGAGGCUACCAAAAUAGGCAAACAUACGACCACAUUGAGAACAAGAAUCCCAGGGCGUUGAGUAGCGCUCGACGUCAAAUUCCUUAGACUUGCAAUGACUUGCCACGCCUAAGAUAUUUAGGAAAUCAUACAUGCCUUCACUCAGUCGGAGAGGGCGGUCAUAUUCAAGUUACUCGUAGCAGAACAGCCCUAUCGGCAACGUUUUUUUUCGUAGGAGCUCGUAUGAUGAUGACGCUCGCUCUUCCUUCAAGAUUUGGGUUCCAUGGUGUGGCUUGUACUUCGCGGUGUGCGGUUUGCACUCGGAGUCGUGGACUCGGCCCGGGCGCAGCAAGUUUGUUGGUGCAGUUGUGUUCCUCGAAUUUGAAUGGACGAGGACGGCGGUCGAGUGCGGGUGUGCGGUUUGGGAGACGAUGUUUCUCGGUUGAGAGUGGACCACUUCGUUCUUCUUCCACAUCAUCAAUACCUUCUACGCCUUCUACACUAACAUCAACACCUACUCCGACUCCGACACCUACACCUACAUUUACGGCUUCUAUACCUUCAACACCCUCAACACCUUCAACGCAUUACACGUCUACACCCACAGCUCCAUCUAUACAUUCUACCCUUUCGACGCUCAGCGCCGUACACCGAGGUGUAGAAUUCGAGAAACGGUCGUUGAAGAUUUUACAAGAGAAUCUUUCGAUGAGUCUGAGGAGGGUUGGGGGGCGGGAAGAUGGGGGUGUGGAUUUACAGGGAUGGUGGUGGGUUCCCGCGAGUGGGAACGGGACUCGUAGGGGUGAAAGUGGUUUAGGCGGGAAAACAAGUGAAGAUGAAAGUGGGACCAGUGGGAGAGAGGGUGGAAGCGAGAGUCAUGACAUGUUGAACGAGAGAACACGAAUUCGGGUCAUCGCCCAAUGCAAGAUGGAGAAAAAGAAGAUUGGGCCAAAGUAUAUCAGGGAGAUGGAAGGUGUCUUGCAUCGACAUCUUCUCCUCUCUCCUUCUCCUUCGCAAAGUCACCACGACAUACCACCUAUGCCCACCAAUCACGAACGAGAACGUGAACGAGAACGAGAGCCCAUAGUGGGACUUUUCAUCUCUUCAUCUCCGUUCACGAAGAGCGCGUUGUUGAGGGUCCAUUCUUCACCCAUCCCAUUCAUGCUCCUCCAUCUUCCUCCGUUUUCUCUCCCUUCACAACCUUCACAACCUUCACAAUCACUAUCCGAGACACCACCUCCCGAGACGUGCCUACAUGACUCUGAUUCGCGACUUUCCUCUGUCCCUGGGGACUCAGAAAUCGACCCUUUACUCCUCCCCAAUCCAACCCAGCCCGGUUCACUCGGUUCCCUCAUCUGUAAUCCGGCCCUCCUAGGUCAAAACGGACCUCUGAAAGGUGAGCUCGAACCCAGAUGGGAAUGGGCUCCGACCGGGGUGGGAGAUGGAAGGCCGGGAUUGUGGUGGAGGGGAAGGAGAGUGAGGAGUUGGACGCCAGAUGCUGAGGAGCAUACGUAGGGUAGACCUUUGGCUGGUUGUUUUUAAUUAUCAAGGAUAUAUCUAUGUUGCAAGGAUCCGCAUUUUAAAGUGAAGACCUACAAGUUCAUUUGCAAAGCCUACUAUAAUCACUACUGCUCAGAAAAGGCUAAUAAGCUACGAACUACGAA